CGGUGGAUGAUAACACGUGGUUCUUGGCAAGUAACGCAGACGGACGCAUUGCUUCAAUAAUGGCGGAUGAUGGAUACAAUUCUUCGUUACGUCUACCCUGCGUUUUCUCGCCAAAAUCACGCCAAUACCUAGCUUCAUUUGCUCAAGAUGGCAGACUCCGUAUAUGGAACACAGAUAGUAAAGUACUACAUCAAGAAUACGUGCCUUCAGCCCACUUGAGUGCCACUUGUACCUGUAUAGUUUGGGGACCAUGCCGAAUCGCAAAGGAGGGACCUCGGAGGAAGAAGAGGAAAUCAGAGGCAGGGCAUGUGGAGGAGUUGGCGGAUCUGUUGGCUCUGGGAACAGUGGCGGGCAGCAUUAUCAUUUACAGUGCAGUGAAGGGGGCACUGCACUGCACACUGGAUGGAGGUCACAAUGGUGGAGUGAACUGUGUUGAGUGGCACCCUGAGGAUGGCCUGCUCUACAGCGGCUCAGACGACUCAUACAUCGUAGAGUGGGACCUGCAGACAAGCAAGACCCGCUGUAAGUGGAAGGCGGACCGUGCGUCAGUGACCAGUCUGUGUGUGAGUCCUGAUGGCAAACUGCUGCUCUCAGCGGGACAGACCAUCAAGAUGUGGGACCUCAAGACCAAGGAGGUGUACCGGAAGUUCACAGGUCACUCCACAGCUGUGACGAACCUGCGCUUCGCCACCACUCGUCCCCCGGACAGCAAUGGCCUCUACUUCGUGUCCGGGGCGGCCCACGACAGACUCAUCAGCGUGUGGCAAGUCCAAGAGGACAGCAAUGACAAGAACUCGGUGGUGUCCUUCACCCUGACGGACGACCCCCAGCACAUUGACCUCUUUACUUCCAACAGCAAGGAAGAGGCGGUGAGGCUGGCGGUUGUGUGUAAGGAUGGGCAGCUUCAUCUCUUUGAGCACUUUCUGAACGGGCCUUGUAAGAAGCCGCUGUCCCCCUCCUGUACAGUCCAGAUGUCUGGGCUUGAGGACAUCCCCGUGCCCGUUCCCCUGUUGUCCGCGGCCCUCACCGCAGACACACGCAGCCUCCUGCUUGCCUAUGGCAGCUACCUGCAGCCCGUCAUGGAGAGAUUGGAUGUGAACACAGCAGACAGACACGUCUGCCUAACCCGAGAUGUCCACACCACCCUCAUCCUCGCCAUGGAAACCACUGUUUCCAAGGUGAAAACCCCAGUAGUUAACGCCAAGAGCAAAGCUCUUUUCCCUGGUCUUCCCGGUCACCAAGCGCCGGUCAAAGCAGCUUUGGGAUCCGAGAAGAGGAAAAAGGGCACAGACACCAAAGAGAUGUCCAUAGAGGAGCGACUGGGAGAGAUCGACUUGUCACUUGAGAAGGGCGGAGUCAAGGAAACCCCCUCUCUGCAGACAGACCACUUCGCGGUGCUGCUGGUGCAGGGUCUGGAGAGCAAGGACGCCAACAUCCUCAAUAACGUGUUUCAGACCCGGAAGGAUAACUUAAUAAAGAAAACCGUUUCCCGGUUACCCAUCCCUGCCAUCUUGCCAUUGGUGGAAGAGAUCACCAAGAGAAUGCAAGGGCAUCCAUACACGGCAGUGCUGAUGGUGCGAUGGCUCAAGGCUGUUCUCAUGCAGCACACCUCCUACCUGUCCUCGUUGCCAGACCUGGUGUCUCAGCUGGGAGUGUUGUACCACGUGAUUGAGAGCAGAGUCAAAAUGUUCCACAAACUGACCAAGCUGCAUGGCAAGCUCUAUCUGCUCAUGACACAGGUGGUGACGGGUGACAGUGGUGUCACAGACGUGGACCAUAAGGCCAAGCUUGUCUACGAGGACGCGUCAUCUGAUGAAGACAAGGCUUCAGGCGAUGAAGGUCUUCCAGACGAAGAUUCUGAUAACUGGGAGGAGGAUGAGGCUAUGGAAGAUGAGGAUAGAGAAGAAGAGACGGAAGGCAUGAGGACGGAAUCCAAAGCUAACGGUGAUUCCGACAUGGAACCGGGAAACGAGAGCGAGGAAGAGUGAUGCUCUUCAAAGGAAAUGAUCUCAAAAUGAACACACAAAAACGGACCUGAGAAUUAUGUACUUUCAUUAUAUUUUCAUGCUUUGUUUUUAUUGUAUCAGAACAAAAUGGUUUUACAAAAACAAAUGGACAGGCAUGUGACCGGCUGAACGAGGCCAUGUCUUUUCUCGGGACAGCCACAAAGGUGGGAACGUUAUAUCCCCACAACCAAGCUGAAAGCCCCAUAUUUUGAAUCUUUUCCGGAGAUUCAAGCCCCAUGUUUCUGUCCCAAUCUCCUGAUUUCUCCACUUUGUCUGUGGUUCUGGGUGUAAAUCAAGUGUGACCCCCCCCCCUCCGCCCCACUGCUUGUUCCAGAGAAAUGGUGGCCUUGUUACCUGGCAUGGGAUGCAUCCAAAUUUUACAUACACUUAGGUUGGAGUCAUUAAAACUCGUUUAUCAACCACUCCACAAAUUUCUUGUCAACAAACUGUAGUUUUGGCAAGUCUGUUAGGACAUCUACUUUGUGCAUGACACAAGUCCUUUUUCCAACAAUUGUUUAGACUGAUUAUUUCAUUUAAUUCACUGUUUAACAGUUCCAGUGGGUCAGAAGUUUACAUACACUAAGUUGACUGUGCCUUUAAACAACUUGAAAAUUCCAGAAAAUUAUGUCAGAAGCUUCUGACAUAAUUUGAGUCAAUUGCAGGUGUGUCUGUGGAUGUAUUUCAAGGCCUAUGGGAAAAUCUAAAGAAAUCAGCCAAGACCUCAGGUCUGAUGAAACAAAAAUAGAACUGUUUGGCCAUAAUGACCAUCGUUAUGUUUGGGGGGGGGAAAGGGAAAACCAUCCAAACCGUGAUGCACGGGUGGCAACAUCAUGUUGUGGGGGUGCUUUGCUGCAGGAUGGACUGGCGCUCUUCACAAAAUAGAUGGCUUCGUGAGGAAGGAAAAUGAUGUGGCUAUAUUGAAGUAACAUCAAGACAUCAGUCAGAAGUUAAAGCUUGGUCGCAAAUGGGUCUUCCAAAUGGACAAUGACCCCAAGCAUACUUCCAAAGUUGUGGCAAAAUGGCUUAUGGACAGCAAAGUCAAGGUAUUGGAGUGGCCAUCACAAAGCCCUGACCUCAACCCUAUAGAGAAUUUGUGGGCAGAACUGAAAAGGCGUGUGCGAGCAAGGAGGCCUACAAACCUGGCUCUGUCAGGAGGAAUGGGCCAAAAUUCACUCAUCUUUUUGUGGAAGGCUACCAAAUACUAAUUGAGUAUAUGUAAACUUCUGACCCACUGGGAAUGUGAUGAAAGACAUAAAAGCUGAAAUAAAUCAUUCUCUACUAUUAUUCUGACAUUUCACAUUCUUAAAAUAAAGUGGUGAUCCUAACUGACCUAAGACAGGGAAUUUUUACUAGGAUUAAAUGUCAGGAAUUGUGAAAAACCGAGUUGAAAUAUAUUUGGCCAAGGUUGAUGUGAACUUCUGACUUCAACUGUAGCUCACUACUUGCUCUGGCCCGUAGUGUUCUGGUUGAAAUUAGUGAACUAUAUACAGUGCCAUUUUGGAUGCAAUCAUGACUAAUAGAUAAUGUCCCCUUGCAAUGUAAAUCUGUAUGAAAGCUGCAGUGGUUGUAGGUGUCCCCAGCUACCCACCAGUAUCCUUGAAUUAAAGUCUUCUGGUAAGUCUCCAAUUGAACCCUGUUUUUUUUGUUUCUGCCAACCCUCUUCUGUUUAUCCUUCACUCCUUUUGCGCAAUGAGAUUUUCAGGGCAUGGAGAUCAUUCCACUGCCUAAAAUCAUAGCUUGAGGGGCGACCAGAGAAAAUAAUGAACUUUGGUCAAUUAGGUGAAUUAAUGGGUUUUCAAAAUGGUUGCAGUUCACUCUGUUCAUUUAUACAUCGGUCAACAAAUUUUGAUUGAACAUCACUCUCUUGUACUCAGCUGUUUGCUACUUUACUUUUUCUUGAGAGGAAAAUACAACUGACUGAAUGUUCCUUGACGUAGUUCAGCACUUUGUGGGCAGACUAAAAAUGUAAUUGAUAUAAAUUAUGCUCUUGGGACCUAUUUACAGGUUGGUUAUUCAAAAAAAUGCAACCAAGGGUUAGUAGUACAAUAGAAACAACCUGACGGGGGUAGUAUUUGGGGCUGAGAUGAGCAGGGUUGCACAUGGGUAUAAGGACUAACAUUAAGUUAUCUGCUCUGUAGACGACUAAAGCAAGAUUUAAUAAUACUCCAUUAGGACAGGUGAAGGAAAACGACAACUGUUGAAUCUACUAAAAGGCGGAAGUUUAAAUCUCUUCACACAUUACAAUGUAGGAUAAUCUGAUGAAAGGCACAGAAAAUAGAACUGACAAAAGAUUCAAGAUAGAGCCUGCAGGACAUUACUGUCAGUAGCCAUGUUUCCAUGCAAGUAAAACCAUACCGUAUACAUUUUUUUUUUUUUUUUUUUAUAAAAUCAUGACAGCUGUAAUGUAAAGUGUUUUUGUACGAUUUUAUAAAUGCUGACAGAUCAUUUGUCUGACUUGGUUGGAUCUUUUUGUGUUAGUAAAAUGUAAUUAUGCGAGAAGUGUUUGGAAAUGCCUAUGUGCAGAUAUUGAUAACCAUAUCGGCGUAAACUUGGAGUCACGUUAUUACAUGGUGUGUAGUCCUCCCACUAUGACUUGGGAAACCAUGCUGUUUAUUAGGCUACAGAUUAAAUAAAUUAUGAAUUUCACAGUGGUGGAAGUGUGCACUGAUCUGAUGCUCCUUUCCAAUAAAUAUUGAGGGUCUUA